UUUACGAGCGGUACAAAGUAAAAUUUGUAUAAUUAUAUGAAUUACUGACUAAUUUCUUUUGGAUAUAGUUUAGAAAAAUGACAGAUAAAGAUUAUUCGCCGCUUAGUUCAUCCUGUGUUCGAGCUUUGAAUGAUAAAUUAUAUGAAAAACGGAAAACUGCGGCCUUAGAAAUCGAAAAAAUGGUUAAAGAUUUUCAAAAGGUUAAUGAAACCAACGAAAUCAAAAAGCUACUCAAGGUUUUAGGAGAGGAUUUCACUCUGUCUCAAAAUAUAAACAGCCGAAAAGGAGGACUAAUUGGCUUAGCUGCAACAGCAAUAGCUUUAGCAAAGGACACAUCUCUGUAUGCAGAUGAACUUGUACGGCCGGUAUUAGCCUGUUUCGUUGAUCCAGACUCAAGAGUCAGAUAUUAUGCUUGUGAAACACUUUAUAAUAUAGCUAAAGUAGCUAGGGGAUCAGUGCUACCUUUUUUCCCUGAUAUCUUUGAUGCUCUUAGUAGGCUAUCUGCUGAUACUGACCAGAAUGUAAAAAGUGGAUCUGAACUUGUGGAUCGUCUGAUGAAAGAUAUUGUUACUGAAAGCUCAUCAUUCGACUUAGUUGGAUUCAUGCCUCUAUUAAGAGAAAGAAUAGCCUCUAAGAAUCCAUUUACCAGGCAGUUUAUCAUAUCAUGGGUUUCAGCUCUUGAUUCUGUUCCAGAUAUCAAUAUGAUCGUUUUUCUUCCUGAAAUUCUCGAUGGUCUCUUUAUCAUUUUAGGAGACCCAUUGGCUGAGAUCAGGAAAAUGUGUGAAUCGGUGCUUGGAGAAUUCUUACACAAUAUUAUAGAAAACCCAAGAAGAGUUAACUUUGUUGCAAUGGUUAAUAUCUUGACAACUCAUGCAAAUUCAUCAGAAGAGUUAGUACAAUUCACAGCUCUGACUUGGUUGAAAGAAUUUAUUAGAAUUGCCGGAUGUACUCUGUUACCUUCAUCAUCUGGUAUUCUUAUGGCCGUACUUCCUAACUUAGCUCAAGAUACGGAAAACAGAAGAAAUAUUGUUGAAACUGCUAAAACAGUCAAUUGUGACCUCAUGAAACUUGUAGUCCAAGAAAAACAGCAGCUUACAUGUGAAAAUAUUGAUGAUUCAACUUCAUCAGACAAAAUUGAAGCCCCUUUGAUGGACCAUUUGGAUAAUCAACUGGACUUAAAGUCUUUAAUUGCUGUUUUGACAAAACAAAUUAAGUAUGAUUCUAUACAAACCAGAAUAGCUGUUUUAAGAUGGAUCCAUCAUUUGCUUGUACAGAUACCAGAUAAGAUAUUUAAAUUUGUUGAAGAAAUAUUUCCAGUGCUUUUGCAAACUCUUUCUGAUCCUGCAGAUGAGGUAGUCCUCUUAGACUUGGAAGUGCUAGCUGAAAUCUCCAAAUCAGCAGCUGGGCAAAAUCAUGUUUGUAAUAUUGAAAAUAUUGCCUCCAUAUGCCUAAUGAAAGAAAUAAAACUAAAACCACCUAGCAACAUGAAUAGUUACUUUGCAAGCUUCAUGGUCUCUCUUCUGCAUUUGUUUAAUUCAAAUAGUCAGUUAUUUGAGUCCAAGUGUUCUUUUAUCAUCAGACAGCUGUGCAUUUUAUUGAAUGCAGAAGAUAUAUAUCUUACAUUAUCAGAAAUUCUAGUUAUUUAUAAUGAUCCACGUUUCUCUUGUCAAAUGGUUCAUACAUUAAACAGUAUACUACUCACGUCUACAGAACUUUUUGAGCUUAGGAAUCAACUUAAAGAACUCAAAACAGAGAGCAGCUGGUCCUUGUUUGUAUGCCUUUAUCGUUCAUGGUGCCAUAGUCCAGUUGCAACUGUUUCACUUUGCCUUUUAUCACAAAAUUACAAACAUGCCUGUGAUCUAUUGCAUUUAUUUUCUGACAUCGAAGUUACUGUAGAAUUUUUGACUGAAAUUGAUAAACUAGUGCAACUCAUAGAAUCUCCUAUUUUUACAUAUUUACGAUUGCAGCUUCUUGACAGUCAAGAAAAUCCUUUCUUGGUUAAGAGCUUAUAUGGACUUCUAAUGCUUUUACCCCAAAGUGAGGCAUUUCAUACUCUCCGACAUAGACUUUCAUGUGUGCCUAAUGUUCAGCUCAUGCCUCCGAAGAAAACAAAAUCAAAGGAAGAUCGCAAGCCUCCCAACUUCAUUAACUUUGAAGAACUCAUUAAACAUUUCAAAGAUGUGCAAGACAGAAGAUUAAAGGAAAAAAGGACAAUAUUACUGAAAUAAAGUUUUUUAAUGUAUAGGGAUGCCAAAAUGUAUUAAACUAUGUUUAGGAGCAAAUUAUUUUGAAAAAAAAAUUCCAUUGUUACUAAUUUAUGCUCUCAUGGCUCAGUUAUACUUUUUUGUAUUUUAAAUGGCAUAUAUCAUUUCAAUCACAUUUAUACAAAUCAUUCCACAUCUUUUAAUUGAAGGGAUUCUUCAUAAUGAAUAAGAUUGUACAGUUAUUUUAAUAUUUUAUAUUUUCUUGAUCAAUUUUACACAUUUAUUUGAAUAUGAAUGCAUGUUUUAAUUUAC